UCGACCGGCAGGGCGAGGCACGGCGGCGGCUCGAGUCAGUCCCGGCCGCGCCGCGCCCGCACACACUCGCGUAUCACGACCUGGACGAUAUCGGACCAUCCCGGACUAUCCCGGACAGUGCCAGUGAAGUGCCCGACAUGCAGCCGGCAAGCGAUCGGCCGCAGUAGAACCACAUCCUCAGGAUGCACGCGGUCGGCCUGCACUCGGCGCUCGCCAUCCGUCGCGAGCGCAAGCGCCGCGCCGAGCAACAGCGCGCGCGCGAGCGACGCUACUCCCUGCAGUCCUCCGAGUCCGGCGUCACCUCGCCGCACUGCUCUACCGGCAGCCUUGAACGUCGCCGCUUCAAGAAGACCAGAACCACAGACAAUGAAGUCGUCUCCUCCGUUGGCAUGCUCCAUCUCGGGGUCGUGUUCCUCGUCCUCGGGUUAUUCCUCAUUGCGUCGGGCUGGCUUCCCGAUGACGUCACCUCCUGGAGUAGCAUAGGCUCCGUCAGCUGGUUCAACGAGCUCGUGUGCUCCGGGCUGUUCGCACUAUUCAUCGGCAUAUUCUUGAUCGUGCUGCAUAAGUACUUGACGAAGAGCGAGGAAGACGCAUUAGAGGACUACGUCCAGAGACAACUCACUCGGUCUCGUUCGGGGCACAGGUUAGAGAGAGACGCGGAGACGGGCGGGAUGCACACGAAGAACACUCGCCGUGCUAGAGCUGCUGAAGUAUUACCAGAAGCGACUAUAGAAACGUAUACAGAACCACCACCAGAUAGGGCUCAUGGAUUUGUGAACGCUUUAGCUUUGAAUGGCGAUGCGCUGCGGGAGUCACCGUUGGAGCAGAUUGCCGAGGAAGAGGCGUCAGUGAUAUCUGAAAAUGAAAGAAGGCUGGGCAGGUUCAACAAGGAUACUUAUUCCACACCCUCGGUUGCUCCGAGCCUCAGUCCCGGCUCCCCCUCCGACACCAGGGAGCUGCUGCAGUCCGAUGGACGUUAUCUGAUCAUGUCGCGCAUGUGAGAUACGGAGGACGUCAAGGUUCGUCAUUUCGACGACUCCGAACGAUACGCUGGGCUCUAAAUCUUGUCUUGAAUUGCAUUCUUUGCAAUCUGAGCUUCUUGGCUCUGCCAUUAUUUUCCUGGCCAUUCGUCAUCGGACUCAACGAAAUGCCAAAGCUUGACUGUUGCUUUGCCAUGUGGUAACUGAAGGUGGUUUAACGGAGGAAGUGAAUCGAAUUGUCUAUUGUGAUGCAAGUGUACGACUUAACGACUACUGCUGUUAGACUAAGAGUAUUUCUGUAUAUUCUGCUACUUUCUAUCUCUACGAAGGCUUCGAGGCAUUGUGGCGGCGACACCGUGAACAUUUAUUUGUUAAGCGCUUCUUUAUAUUUUAACAGAUGGACCAACUCUUGGUAGUUUUUAGCAGUAAGUCGGUAUGUGAUGUCUCUUUUAUGAUUGUAGCUAUGUAUGUGGAAUUGAGGGUUUCCGCAAGGAGCUAUUCUUGGGCCUCUGCAUUUAAAUGUGCUCAGAAGCUACAGUUAACAAAAAGCGACAGUGAGUGAAUGUUUAUGGAUUAAAUAUUGUCAUUCCGUAUGUAUUUGGCUUGAGACUGAUUGUUAAUAUACUGUUCUUAUACCUGAAGAUUUUGAUAAGAUAUUAAUGUUCGUUUGUCCUUUUGAUGUUUACCUAAUAAUUGUAUUUCGCAAAUGGUACUGGCGGUUGAUAAUUUACAGUGUAGAUUUUAUACUAAACUGUUAAACAUUUAAUUUUCAAAUAUAUUUUUCUCUGUCAAGUGUUAUAAUCUGAUUGAAUAAUUACAUUUUUUCAACAGUUGUGCCAAAAAAGCAAUGGCAAUAAUUUCAUUACUUCAUUCCAACAAAAAAUAAAAUUAAAGUUUUCAAUAAUAUUACAAUAUAGAAAAUGGUAUUCCAUAAAAUAUGACAGUGAAUUUUAAACCACUGAUUCUAAUGUGGUAAAUAUAAAUAUUCGCCAUUUCCAAUACGAGUCCAUUUUCAUUCAAAAUUUUGCCAAAUUACAUUAUUUCCCAAAUUCAUUAUCAGCUGGCACAUUUUAUGUAACACCAACAUUAAUUAGUUUAAGCACAACUCAAGAAGUUAUGGCACAAUUUUUUGCACAAAACUUUUACUUUUACCAAAAAGGUUGUAAUUUUGAUCCCAUCGAUCUUAUCGAAACUUUUUUAUUUAUGGCUGUGAGGAACAUUUCCCAUGAUGAGCGAACGAGAUUUAAUAUUUUAAGCUAAACUUUUGGAAUGAGUUGCAUUAGAAUGAUGCUAUAAUUCUAUAUUCAGAAUAACUUUCCAAGAAUUAAAAGAAAUUCUGAGAGGGAUCCGGGUGUUCGUAGUAUUCAAGCGAGAUAAAUAUACAGGGUGUUAGUGACAUCGUAACGAAAACUUUGAGAGAUGAUUCUGAGUUGAUAUCAAGUAGAAUUUUCCGUCGCAAAAGUGUGGAACGGAAAAU